GUACAGAGUUAUGCAGACUCUAGGGCCUCCAAUAACAACUGCUGACGUUUUAUCUGUAAUCAGAGAAGCCUGGCGACAUAAAACUUUUUUUUCUGGAUUUACGAGAACUGAACUGAAGUGGAAAAUGUUAUUUACUUUAACGAAACAAUUUGUUCUUGUGCAAUAUUAAAUUGUGUCAAUCAAGCAAAUAAAGGAAGAAAGCCUUAUUUAUAAAUUUGCCUGCUUCUGAUUUCAUUUCAGUGCUUCUCAAGCUCCAAGAAGAUAAAAAAUGAAGAUUUUGCUGUUUGGCACUUUUCUACUUCUAUAUAAUAAUUUAGCCUGGGCAAAAGAGAAGCAUUAUUACAUUGGAAUUAUUGAAACAAAUUGGAACUAUGCUUCUGACAGUGGGGAAAAGAAACUUAUUUCAGUUGACAGAGAACAUUCCGACACCUACCUCCAAAGUGGACCAGAUAGAAUUGGACGAGUAUACAAGAAAGCCAUUUAUCUUCAGUACACAGAUGGGUCCUUCGGGACAACCAUAGAAAAACCUGACUGGCUGGGGUUUUUAGGUCCUAUUAUCAAAGCUGAAAUUGGAGAUAAACUUUAUGUACAUUUUAAAAACUUUGCUUCUAGGCCCUAUACUUUUCAUCCACAUGGAAUAACUUACUAUAAGGAACAUGAGGGCGCCCUCUACCCUGAUAAUACUACAGAUUUUCAAAAAUCAGAUGACAAAGUAAAUCCAGGUGAGCAGUAUACAUACAUACUGCAUGCCAAUCAGGAACAAAGUCCAGGUGAGGAAGACGGCAAUUGUGUGACCAGGAUUUACCAUUCCCACAUUGAUGCUCCAAGAGAUAUUGCCUCAGGACUCAUUGGACCUUUAAUAAUUUGUAAAAAAGAUUUCCUAGAUAAAGAAAAAGAAAAAAAUAUUGACCAAGAAUUCGUGGUGAUGUUUUCUGUGGUGGAUGAAAAUCUCAGCUGGUACCUAGAAGACAACAUUAAAACCUUCUGCACUGAACCAGAGAAAGUUGACAAAGACAAUGAAGAUUUCCAGGAGAGUAACAGAAUGUAUUCUGUGAAUGGAUACGCUUUUGGCAGUCUCCCGGGACUCUCCAUGUGCGCAGGGGACAGAGUGAAGUGGUAUCUUUUUGGUAUGGGUAAUGAAAUAGACAUACACGCAGCUUUCUUCCACGGACAAACGCUGACUAACAAGAACUACCGCGUUGAAACACUCAAUCUCUUUCCUGCCACUCUUGUUGAUGCUGUCAUGGUGGCUCAGAAUCCCGGAGAAUGGAUGCUUAGCUGUCAGAAUCUAAACCAUCUGAAAGCUGGCUUGCAGGCCUUUUUCAAGGUCCAAGACUGUAACAAACCUUCUUCAGAGGACAAUAUCCAAAGGAAACAUAUUAGACAUUACUACAUUGCUGCCGAAGAAAUCAUCUGGAACUAUGCACCUUCUGGCUUAGAUGGCUACACCCAAGAGAAUUUAACAGCACCUGGAAGUGCUUCAGAGGUAUUUUUUGAACAAGGUCCAGCAAGAAUUGGAGGUUCUUAUAAAAAGCUGGUUUAUCGUGAGUACACAGACGCCACCUUCACAAAUCGAAAAGAAAGAGGCCCUGAGGAGGAACAUCUUGGCAUCCUGGGUCCUGUCAUUUGGGCAGAAGUGGGAGACACCAUCAGAGUCACCUUUCAUAACAAAGGAGGACAUCCCCUCAGUAUUGAGCCUGUUGGAGUGAGAGUAAAUAAGGCCAAUGAGGGCACAUACUAUGCUCCACAUUCCAGCUCCACAAGCAGAAGUGUGCCUCCUUCAGCUUCCCAUGUGGGACCAAAAGAAACAUUCACCUAUGAAUGGACUGUCCCUGAAGAAGUGGGACCCACUUACAAAGACCCUCCCUGUUUAUCUAAGAUGUAUUAUUCUGCUGUGGAUCCCACCAAAGAUAUAUUCACAGGGCUUAUUGGGCCAAUGAAAAUAUGUAAGGAGGGAAGUUUAAUUGAAAAUGGGACACAGAAAGGUGUAGACAGGGAGUUCUAUUUAUUCCCUGCAGUCAUUGAUGAAAAUGAGAGUUUACUGCUGGAUGAUAAUAUUAGAAUGUUUACAACUGAACCUGAUCAGGUGAAUAAGGACGAUGAAGACUUUCAGGAAUCUAAUAAGAUGCACUCCAUGAAUGGAUUCAUGUAUGGAAAUCAACCUGGUCUCAAUAUGUGCCGAGGAGAUUCUGUCGUGUGGUACCUAUUCAGCGCUGGAAAUGAGGCCGAUAUACAUGGGAUUUACUUUUCAGGACACACAUAUUUGUCAAGAGGAGAAAGGAGAGACACAGCAAACCUCUUCCCUCAAACAAGCUUUACACUCUUCAUGCAGCCAGAUACUGAAGGGACUUAUAACCUUGAGUGCCUCACAACUGACCACUACACAGGUGGUAUGAAGCAAAAAUAUACUGUGAAUGUGUGCGGGUAUCCUUCUGAGGAGUCAAACUUCUACUACGAAGAGAGGACCUACUACAUUGCCUCGGUAGAGGUGGAAUGGGAUUAUUCUCCAAGCAGGGAAUGGGAAAAGGAGCUACAUCAUUUGCAAGAGCAAAAUGUUUCAAAUGCAUUUUUAGAUAAGGAAGAAUUUUACAUCGGUUCAAAGUACAAGAAGGUUGUAUAUCGGCAAUACACUGAUAGCACAUUCAGAGUUCCAGUGGAGAGAAAAGCUGAAGAAGAACAUCUGGGAAUUCUAGGUCCACAACUUCAUGCAGCUGUUAGAGACAAAGUUAAAAUUAUCUUUAAAAACAUGGCCACAAGACCCUACUCAAUUCAUGCCCACGGGGUGAAAACGGACAGUUCCACAGUCACUCCAACUUUACCAGGUGAGACUCGCACUUAUGUAUGGAAAAUCCCAGAAAGAUCUGGAGCUGGAAUAGAGGACUCUGCUUGCAUACCAUGGGCUUACUAUUCAACUGUGGAUCAAGUAAAGGAUCUCUAUAGCGGAUUAAUUGGCUCACUGAUUGUUUGUCGGAGACAUUUCAUUCAAACUUUCAAUCCCAUAAAGAAACUGGAAUUUUCCCUUCUGUUUUUAGUUUUUGAUGAGAAUGAAUCUUGGUACUUGGAUGACAACAUCAAAACAUACUCUGAUCACCCUGAGAAAGUAAACAAAGAUGAUGAAGCAUUCAUAGAAAGCAAUAAAAUGCAUGCUAUUAAUGGAAGAAUGUUUGGGAAUCUACAAGGCCUCACAAUGCAUGUGGGGGAUGAAGUCAACUGGUAUCUGAUGGGAAUGGGCAAUGAAAUAGACUUGCACACUGUACAUUUCCACGGCCAUACAUUCAGAUACAAGCACCUGGGCAUUUAUAGUUCUGAUGUCUUUGACAUUUUCCCUGGGACAUUCCAAACCAUACAAAUGUUUCCAAGAGAACCUGGAAUCUGGUUACUCCACUGCCAUGUGACUGACCACAUUCAUGCUGGAAUGGAAACUACAUACAGUGUUCUACCAAAUAAAGCAUCAUCUCAGACUCAUGGGAGGAUAUGGAACAUGAACUAUCCAUUUACAAUUAGCGUGAUUAUUUUUUUCCAAUUAUGUACCAAGGAGUGACUAGGUGAAUAAGGUUGGUUCCUUUCCUUCCUGUAAGUUCAAUUAUUGUAUUCAUCUGAAUAAUUUUCUAACAAUAAGAUGGCAAACAUGAAAUAGGAUGAUGAACUCCAUGCACUGGUUCCCCCAACAUGAAAGAAAACACAGAUCAGCUCUCUAUGCAAGUCUUGUAACUGGGCAAGGCAUGGGUAACUCAAACCAGGGUUAAAAUGAACCAGUCAGAACUCGGUGCAAAGCGGAUUACCCAUAAACUUUUACUUAAUUUUAUCUGUCAAGAAGUUUAAAAAUAAGAAACACCAAACAAUAUAUAUAUUUGGAUAAAAAGUUCCAAGCAGAGUAUUUCCCUUUAUUUUUCAAUAUUGGAAAGUAACUUCUCUCCACCACCAACACAUGUAUUACUUAUUCCCUUCUCUGGUAUAUAUCAUUCACCCUGAGUUGACUUUGCAGUGUUGGAAUUUAGACUUGUCUUCUCUACGUACACAAUCACAAUAGUGACUGUCAAAGGAGGUGACAAGCAAAGUGGGGAGAGGAGUACACGACAGUUUUGGCCAAGGAAAGGGCAUUUAUUUAUUGUAAUUACCUAAAAAACCAAUCUUUUUUCAUGUAAUUUGUAGAUUUUAAUUUUUAUACAUAAAUACUAGUAUAGUGAUUGAAGACAAGAGACAGAGUCGAUCAAAUCUCUGUGGUAGGGGUGAGGUAGGGAAUGCAGGGGCAUCAUACAAUGUUGAAAACAUUCUCCAGGUGAUUCUGAACCUCCCCAUUCCUCUAGGUGAGAACAAAUGAGAUCUGUUUCUUGAAGACAUUUUUUUCUUAAUGACUAAGAUCAGUCAAUCCAAGAUAAUCUAGAAAGAGCCAUGAAAGUUUAGACAGACUGAUGUAUGCUUUUUUCAAUUCUCUGAAAUGGAUUUUUUUUUAAAGAGUUAUUUAUUUAUUUAUACAAGAACCAGGGUACAGGCCAGAUGAGCGGGAGGGUGAGAGGAUUUACCAGAGACAAAGCAGGGAACAGAACAGGCAGGCUGAGGAAAUACACUGCUGAAGAGAGCAGCGGGUGCAACAGGAGAGGUCUGCCAUGCCAUGUGGGACCCUCGCCGGCCGGCCGGGAUCGAACAGGAGCUGCAGAGGCUGCGGACAGCUUCACAAAGCAACCACCUGCGCCACCAGGGGAGGUCCUGGAUUUUAUUUUUUUAACAUAAAGUGCUUUACUUUUUUUUAAGAAAUAGAACUUUGUGCUUUUACUUUUUACUGUUGAUACAUUUUUACUAAAGUAACACUGCAUUGUAACAUUGUAUAGGCUUUGAAUGUGCAUAAUUAAAAAUCAGUAUCUGCAUAUACCAACUUUUAAAAUUCCACUAAAUUUCCAAUUUUAUCCUUCAGUAUACAUUGUACCUAUGUCCCAAUUUAGCAACUAUCUUCCCCCUUCCCUCUGGUAAUCAUUAAUUGGUUUCACAGUAUGAAAGCUUAUUUUUUGUGUUUAGUUCAUGUUUGUUUUUUUCUCUAUAGGUAACAUACAAAUAAAAUCAUAUGGUGUUAGUCUUUCUCCUUCUGGCGUAUUUCACUAAACAUUAAUACCUUCCAUGCCCAUCCAUGUUGUUACAAAUGGCAGGAUUUCAGCUUUUUUUUAAUGGGUGAAUAUUAUUCUGUUGUAUGUAUGUACAUCUUCAUCCAAUCGUUAGUCAGUAGACAGUUUUGUGUUUCCAGUUUUGGCUAUUGUAAAUAAUUUUGCAAUAAAAAUGGGGUGUGUGUCUCUUCAAAUUUAUGCACUUUUCAGGUGAA